GCCACCGAGUAAUAAGAUUAUGGUGUGUAGCAGUAACCUUUAGCUCAACAAUUCAUUAGCUUUUGUGGAGUGAAGUUGCAGAGACAAAACUGAAAAAGAGAGGGAAAAGACAUGCUAGCAUGCUGGAGGUUUGGCUUCACACCUUGUAUUGCAAGUAAAGGAUAUCAAAAUAAGUUUUCAUGCAGAUCAGCUGAAACCCAUCAAAUCCAUGUCGAUAGUAUUGGAGACUACAGCAACAACAAAAAGAAGGUGGUCAUUGUUGGGUCUGGAUGGGCUGGCCUUGGUGCUGCUCACCACCUUUCUAAUCAGGGUUUUGAUGUUACUGUUCUUGAAGAUGCUAAUGGAUUCGGCAGUCCAGAUGAUGUUGGUAUCCAAGGCUUUUGGAGUCCAUACCAAAAUAUAUUUAGCCUGGUGAAUGAAUUGGGGAUUACACCCUUCACGGACAAAAUCCGGUCUGCACUCUAUUCCUCGGAAGGAUUAGAGGUUGAAUUUCCAGUAUUCCAGGAUCAGCCUCAAUUGCCUACUCCAUUGGGGACAUUGUACCACACUCAAUUCACGAGGCUGCCUUUGCUGGAUAGAUUAACAUCACUUCCUCUAAUGGCUGCUGUAAUUGACUUUGACAAUACUGAUACUGCUUGGAGAAAAUAUGAUCCAGUUACUGCAAGGGAACUUUUCAAACAGUUUGGGUGCUCAGAAAGGAUGUAUCGGAAUGUACUCGGACCACUGCUUCAAGUCGGUCUGUUUGCCCCAGCAGAGCAAUGUAGUGCAGCCGCAACACUUGGAAUGCUCUACUAUAUCUCCGUUGCUCAUCAGAAAAAUUUUGAUAUGGUUUGGUGUCGCGGGACAAUUAAAGAAAAGCUUUUCGAGCCAUGGAUGGACUCGCUGAGGACCAGAGGAUGUCAAUUUGUGGAUGGUGGAGAAGUGAAAGAUAUCAUCGUCGAUGAACAAACAAGUUGUAUUUCGGAGGUGGUUUGUAGCAACGAGACUUUCAAUGCUGAUGCAGUUAUUUUGGCUGCUGGAAUCUCCCAAGUACAAGAACUUGUUAAGAAUAGCGCAGCAUUAUCUACGAGGGAGGAGUUUUUGAAAGUUCUGAACCUGUCUGCUAUUGAUGUACUCAUCUGUAAACUUCAACUGGACCGAAAGGUCAAAAUUCCUCAUGCAAGCAAUGCAUGCUCUGGAUUUGAUGAUUCUUUUUCGUGGACUUUUUCCGACUUGAAUGCACUUCAUGACGAGCAUGAAGACAGUGAAGCGACAACAGUACGGGCUGAUUUUUACCAUGCCAAUGAAUUGCUACCUCUUAAAGAUGAACUUGUAGCUGCAAAAGCUAUGUCUUAUCUAUCGAAUUGCAUUAACGACUUUGCGAAUGCUACGGUGAUCAAUAAAGAGAUCUCAAGAUUUCCAAAGUCUUUGACUCACUUCUUUCCAGGUUCAUAUAAACAUAUGAUGCGCGGGUCUACAUCCAUCCCAAACUUGUUCAUGGCUGGAGAUUGGAUCAUAACUCGGCACGGAUCAUGGUCCCAGGAAAAGGCUUAUGUGACGGGACUGGAGGCUGCGAACCGGGUGGUAGACUGUCUUGGAGAGGGAAACUUUGCAAGAAUAAUAGCAGUAGAGGAAGAUGAGCCUCAUGUUGAAGCUCUAAGGAGCCUUAACAGAAGAUUCAAUGAGAUAAGCGACCAAUUCCCAUUGUUUGAUUAUUUCUUGAAGUGAGGACUUUUUGCUGCAAUGCUCUGUAUAGUGUUAAUAAAGUAUUAAGCCAAUAUACUCGUUGAACUGAAAUUUACAGUUCUUUCUUCAUUCAGUGAAUUGGCAUAUAUGUAGUGAUUUAUACAGUAAUUUAUUAAUCAUACAGCGCAAUGUCACACAGCACAA